GCAGUAGGUUAGAGAGCUGAUGCCUGCAGUAUACUUGUGAGCUUUAAAUGAGUUUAUUUUCUUAUAUACAUAUCUAUAAAUAUAUUGGUGCAAUUUUCUACUUUCUAAGCCUGUUGGGUAUUUAUGUACAUGUAUAUUUUAUAUAGGAAUAUGUGAAGAUGGACACAUGCAGUUUUUUUUUCCCCUGUUGGUAAACCGCUUUCUUUUUUUUUUUUUUGAUAAUUUUCUGACAUAUUUUUAGUACAAAUUAUAGUGUAGGAGCAGGCUACUGGAGAAUAAAGCCUUCUGGUCUUGGAAUCGCGUGAGUGGUGACUGACAGUGCCAGGCUCCUCCCAACAGCUUGCUACUCUAUGCAUAUGAGCUGUGGAUUCCCUAAAGAACAGACUGUAUUGGAAUCCAUCUUGUUACUAAACUCUCUGUGCUGCUUAACUGCCUGAAUCUGUGUGACAUCUAGUGUUAACAUACUAAAAAGAGAGCUUUUAAUGAACAAAGUUCUCUAAAAUACAGGACUGGUUUGGAUAACGGAGAUGGAAUUAAAUAAUUAAAAUUAUGGUCAUCAUUGUGGAAAACCACUUUAUUUUAGAACAUUUAACUUUUCAGAAGUGUCAGACACUUAAGCACUCCAACUAAGAUGAUGGAAAUGAGAGUCUCUCUCUGCAUCAUUUUUCUGUUCUCUUUGCUUGCACCUUUGCUGGCUGAAUUCUUUAGUGAUGAAUAUUCAGCCAGUUUAGAAAACAUCCUCCCUACGAUGACUCGACCCAUGAACACCAGCCGCACCUUCUAUGGAAUCAUGUUCGAUGCUGGGAGCACAGGGACUCGCAUCCAUGUUUAUACUUUUAUUCAGAAGUCUUCAGCUAAAAUUCCAAGUUUAAACAAUGAGAUUUUCAAGUCAGUGAAACCAGGACUUUCUGCCUAUGCUGACAAUCCUGCUAUGGGAGGAGAAACUGUUCGAGCCCUACUAGAGACUGCCAAGGAGACGGUGCCCCCAAGGUACUGGAGCAAGACACCUGUCGUUCUAAAAGCCACGGCAGGUCUUAGACUGCUUCCAGAAUAUAAGGCAGAAGCCCUGCUGCAGGAGGUUCAAGGGGUUUUUGAUGAGUCACCCUUUUAUGUACCAAACGAUAGUGUCAGCAUAAUGAAUGGAACAAAUGAAGGAAUUUUGGCUUGGAUUACAGUAAAUUUUUUAACAGGUAAUUUUUAUGGAAAAAACUUUAAGACCUAUGGAACCUUGGACUUGGGUGGAGGUUCAACUCAGAUCACAUUUAUGCCAAAAUCAAAGAAAAGCCUUUUAUUAGCUCCUAAGGAUCACACUGCUACAUUUGAAAUGUUUAACCGCACUUAUCAGCUGUACACUCAUAGUUAUCUUGGAUGUGGACUCAUGGCGGCUAGAGUGGCAACUAUGGGAGCAAAUGAAUGGGAUGCACCAUACAAUGUAUAUACAAGCAGCUGCCUACCUAAGAAAUUUAAAGGAGAAUGGAGUUUUGGAAGGGUCACUUACAGAGUCAGUGGGAAUCCUGAUGGCUAUGCUGGUUAUAAGUUAUGCUACCAAGAAGUCAUUAAUGUUGUCAGAGGAGUCAUCAACCAGCCAUUUGUAUUAAGAGGCACAACCUUCUAUGCUUUCUCCUACUACUUUGACAGAGCUGUUGACUCAGGGCUGAUUGAUGGCCAAAGAGGCGGUAUUGUGGAAGUUAGAGAUUUCAAGAAGAAAGCUAAAGAAGUGUGCAACAACAUGACAAAGUACCGCCCAAUAAGCCCAUUCCUCUGUAUGGACAUGACUUACAUCACUGCUUUGCUGAAAGAGGGGUUUGGAUUCAAGGAACACACAGUCUUACAUCUUACCAAAAAGGUGAACAAUGUAGAGACAAGCUGGGCUCUAGGUGCUGCAUUCCACCUGCUUCAGUCACUGAAGAGCAUGUGAGAAACCCAUGUUGGGAGAUAUUCAUGGUUGACAUAUAUGAAACCUGCAAAAAACUCAAGGAAAAAAGUCAAAUUCUGUUUAGCAGUUGACAGAGAUGCUGAAAUUGCUGUAGAGUCUUACUUGGAUGUGUAUUGUACAUUUAGGAUUAUGAACAACUAUUACACAUCAAUAGUAUUACUGGGUUAUUAUAGUACUAAACAUUAUAUCAUCAAUAUCCAUUCAUUAUGCCUAUGCACAGUAUUUUUGUUCAUGCUGUUGGUUGUUUUUGUAAAAAUUUCCUUAUGGGAUUUUCUUUAUAUAGGCAAAUUGCACACAGAAAAAAAAGUUUGUUCCUAAUGCAGUUUCAUAAGUAAUUUUUAGCCCUACAUAUCUGUCCUACACAAAUAAAUGUGAAUAUUUACAAUGAUAAAAUUGAGGGAAAACUGCUUUAAGUAUAUUUAAUGCUAAAUCAUUUUAUCUGUUAAAUGUAUGUUUCAGUUAUUUUAUUGCACAUAACACUUUAAUUAUAUGUACUGUAAAUUUUACUGGCGAUUGCUUUUCAGUUAAGCUGACCCAGAUUUUACUGGCAGGACUAAACGCAUGUUUUUGUAACUCAGGGUAUACAUUCAGUACAGGAAUAAACACUGAAGGAUUGCUGAUACUACAGGCCAUUAUGACUGAUUGAUGCAUCCUCAGUAUACAUAUUUAACAAACUGCUAAAUAUUUUUUAGCUAAUUUAUAAUGGUUUUCACUCAGUGGGUUUAAAAUUUGGCAAAGAUUACAGGAAUUUUUUUUUUUGUAGAUAGCUACAGCAGAAAUAAUUAUGCAUUGUUUUUAAUGUAUCGUUUCCUUUGUUGUAGUGGUGAUGCUUAUUUUGAGAAAUGUUUUAUACUGCAUAACAAAACAUUAAACACCUGUUAAGGCAAAGUUAAACACCAAUUAACAAAACAUAUAGUAACAUCAGGAAAUUAAUGUUGUUAAAAAAGAAAUCACUAAAUUCAUAUUAUCAAUAUUGCAUCCAUUUUCUGAACCCACUAUAUCCAGAGCACUGUAGGAAACACUCCCAUUUGGCUGCAUGACUUUGGUUUGCAGAAGGACACCUACAGAAACACAGGAAGAUCACGGAAAAUCUGAAAAAGAGCACCCUAGCUGAGAAUCGAAUCAUGGUCUAGUAUUUUGGGGAUGGAGCACAUUGCCACCCACUUUCUAGACAAUCACACAUAAAUAUUAAUGUAUUCUUUAUAAACCAUUUAACUGAUGAUCAUAUUCGUUUUAAUUCACUCUUGGUGAUAUCUAAACUACAGAUUGCCUACGCAAUAAAGUUUUCACUAGAAAAUGCUUUACAAUUUGAGAUAUUUUAUAAAUUGGAAAUCAAUUAAAAAUAUAUGAAGAUGAAAGCACAAUUAAAGUUAUUGGGUAGGUUUAACUCACUACAAGUUUAAUGCUUAACAUAUUAAUAUGCUCAAUAUUUUAUUAUGCUUUUUGUACACAGUGUAAUGUGUA